AUGGUUAAAAUGAUCUUCUCUUCUACUUUUGCCUUGAUGCUUCUCGGCAUCUCUGCUGCCGCCGCAGCCGUAACUCCUAGCCAAGACAUCGCGGCGGUAACUCAAUUUUCACGCACAAAUCAAGUGCUUUUCGCACGUCAAGAGAAGGAGGAAGGAGACGACGACAAGGAUGGUGUGCGCGUGAAUGCCACACUAAACACUCCUGUUACUCUCGUAGCUGGCAAGAAAGUUGAUGUAACUUACCCUGAUGGGUUUGAGUUAGAUGUCAAUUCGACCGUGGCAAAUACAGUGACCGUAACAUCUGGUACACCAUCCAUAUCCACAGUCCCAUCCGGGUUCAAAUUACUCGCCAAGAACUCCUGGAAAGUAACCUAUCGUACUGCUCUCGCUGCUGGUGCAAGUGCCAAGAUUGAGUUUGCAGUCAGCGCUGCAGCUGUGACCGCUGCUGGUGGUGCAGGUGCCAAAUUAAUGGAUACUAGAUUGGCUUUCGUACAGAACGGUGCUUGGAUGGUCGAUGAAAAGACCUCGAAAUUUGAUGCCGAUGAAAACAAGACGGCCUCAACGAGUGCGAGCGUCAAAUCAAACAGCGAAUGGACUGUUUUGCUCAAGACCUCUUCUUCCUCAGCAACCAAUACUGGAUCUUCAACUGCGCCAAAGUCUGCUGGUUCGACCUUAGUUAGAAAUGCUGGCCUGAGCUUGGCUGGCGUUGCUGUGGCUUUGAUUCUGGUUUGAUUGGAAGCAGCUCAUGUAUAUAGCUCAUUGUAUCGUUGGUGACAUUGUAAAAUAUAGUGUAGAGGUGACAGAAACUGGCACUAGCUACUACACCAGGGAAUA